AUGCACACUUUGACCUCUACAGUGGUAUGUCAGCGGUUUGAGGAGCCAGAGGUCAGCUGCCUGGCCAACAUUCCCCGCUGGAGGUACAACCCAGACUCGAGAACUUGCGAGAACUUUGUGUACGGUGGUUGCGGCGGGAAUGCCAACAAUUUCAACUCUAUUGAGGCGUGCGAGGGCAUGUGCUUGCAGCGUGAUGAUGAUCGUAUUUGUCGUCUGCAAGCAGACGUUGGACCAUGCAAGAGCUCUCAGACCCGCUGGCACUACAACCCGAUCACCCAACUUUGUGAGACCUUCACGUAUGGCGGUUGCCUAGGUAACCACAACAACUUCGAGUCGCAGGCGCAGUGUAUGACGUACUGUGAUUCCUCCCGCUGGGCUCACAACGUGCGAACUGCGGCCCCCACUGCAGCCCCCACCGACCCCGAGCCUGACAUUGAGGGCAGUGGGGACAUCGAUGAAGUCAUCACUGGUGUUGAUGUAUGUUCCUUGGACAGAGACAGUGGUUCAUGCCGUUUUGCCUCUCGCAAAUGGUUUUAUAACCACAGAGAGGGCAAAUGUGAAGAAUUUGUUUAUGGAGGUUGUGAAGGCAACCAGAACAGGUUUGAAAGCCGUGAAGAAUGCGAAAGCCAGUGCAAUCCAAGAGAUAUCUGUAUGCUUUCAUCCAAGACUGGAAUCUGUCGAGCAAGUAUUCCUCGCUUUUACUUCGACUACGCAGCUCAAGAAUGUCGGCAGUUUGUGUACGGUGGUUGCCAAGGAAAUGCUAACAAUUUCGACUCAAGAGAUGUGUGCAUGGCACGCUGCAGCUCCUUGCUUAGAGAUCGGCCUGAAGAGCCAAAAGUGAAGGCUGGAUAUUGUCCACCGCGGACUGACUGGAAGGGACUGCUAGGUGCAUGUGCACCAGCUUGUUUGAUGACUCCAGUUGCCCGGGACAACAAAAGUGUUGCCAUCAUGGAUGUGGUGUCAGAUGUGUAGAUGCUCUGGAUGAAGAGCCAUAUAAGAUGCGAGCACCUGUGCGAAUCGAGGUGACCGUCAAGGGACCGAACUCUGUCGAGGUCAGGUGGUAUGACCCGACUCUGGCCGCAGAUCAGCUCAUCAGAGACCGUCGCUACUACACCGUUCGGUACCACUCG